ACCAAUUUUACGAAAAAUUAGCUUGUGAAAGUCAGUGCGGUCUAUUUUGUAGGUGAAAUUAUUAUUACGCUUGUUAUACUCAGAACUUAUCGUGCGUAGUGCGCACACUAUUGAGGCACCGGAGCCUGCUUUUAACAAUGACGUAUGUGAAGUAUCAAUAAAAGCACGUGUACCCAAAGUACCCAGUACCCAUGGUAGCCAUAAAAUAUAGCUUUGAAAACUAACCAAGUUACUUUACCCUUACGUGCAGUAACAUCAAAAGUAAUGAUAUAUUGUUCAUAAGUAUAAACAUCUUUAAAUUAAAAUGCUCAGUCCGGAAAUAUGGAAUUUCAAAGCCCCUCAACAUAAUUUUUCGAUUGAAAAAAGAAAUCAUAAAAAGCCCGAUAUACCGGACGUAGUGCGAUCGCAUUAUUUUAAUCAUUCCAUAUCUUUAGUACUUCCUGACACGCUCAGAAUUCCGGAUGGAUUGCAGUCUUGUAUGUUUAACGAUACUGAUUAUUAUCGAAUUAAAGGAGUGAACGCAUUCGAAUUAACAAAUAAAGAAUUCAUCGAAGCAUUUGUCAAAAAAGGAGAGCUGACUCUGUUAACAGUGGACAAUAGAAUAGACUUAGACAAUUCAGUUGCCGUUACACCGUCUGGACAUUUAAUAUUGUCCUUGCUAACAGAGGACUUUCAAAAGCUUGGCAUAGAAGGCAAAGCUUCCUUCUUUGAUCGUAAAGUGCAUUCACGUUAUGUCGUGACUAUUGAUUUAAAAGCGGACAAUUUUACACCCGGUAAGAAGAAGUAUGAACAUGUUCGAACGUCGCUAAAGGAGCGUUUUAACAAAAAAUUUGAUGUAAUUGUGUCAUGGGAUCCACCAGAUGAGAAUAUAUGUCCCUCAUCUGUAGCAGCAUGGUUUCAUAAACGCAAUUAUAGCGUGCUUCUUUGUCAUCAAACAUUUUCACAAAGAAUCGAAUAUUCCGUAAAAAUUCCAAUACUUUCGAACGAAGUUGAUCACGAUAAAUUCUUCGAAUGGCUCGGAGUUUUUAGUACCUUCGGCAAUUUAAAAAACGAUAAGGAAAACGAUUACGUCAGCACGUAUCAGUGUCCAUCUCCGUCACUGGAUGUCGGACAAACGAUGUAUCUACAGUGGACUGGAUUUUUCACGAGGAAACAAAUAGCAACAUUGUACAGAGUUAUCAGAGAAUAUGUAUCAAUGCAGAAAACCUUACCCUGGGUCGCUUUAAACGUACAAGGGUUUCUGGACAGUCCUGUUAGCUGGGAUUUAAAGGAACAUACAUUUUAUACAGAUGGUGACAAUAGCUAUACUAUCGCGUUUAGGCCUGCUGCUCAUACCAUUAUACAAAGAAGUUUAGUUUCAAACAAUAAACCAAGGAUUCUUCAGUAAUUGUGUGUUUUAUUGUAUGUUACUUUAUAAUAAAUAUCAGUUCCUAUAA